AUGCUAUUAACCUCGACGCCAUCGAGAAAUUUGAGUGAGAAAUUUCACGAAGGGUCAGCUUGGAAUAUUUCGGAUUAUGCUGAUAACGAGACUCAAGAAAUUGUUGAGCGAUUGAGUCGCUCUCAAUUGAGUUUAAAGGACCUCGUCGAGUACGCCAGACAAACAGAUCCUGCUGCAUUUGCGAGAGUGCAACAGAAUGUCGGACAGCCAUGUGGAAGAAACAGAUGGAGUUCAUCUCCCGUGGAGGACCUUCUCCUGGAAUUUGAGUCGAAUGUAGAUACGGGUUUGGACGACGAUCAGGUUCUCAUUAACCGCGAAAAGUACGGUCCAAAUAUAUUAGAGACGGAGAAGCGUGUCCCAGUUUGGAGGCUAUUUUUAGAACAGUUCAUGAACCCCAUUAUGAUCCUUCUUGGCGUUGCCGCUGUAGUACCUCUGGCUUUUCAGCAGUGGGCUGAAGGCGUGGCAAUCUUACUUACAAUUUUAUUGAAUGCUUGUUUAGCUACAUAUAUGGAAAAAUCCGCUGGCGACGCUUUGGCAAAGUUAGCGUCGCUGGCUGCUCCUCAUUGCAAAGUCUUGAGAAAUGGUGAAUUUGUUGAAAUAGAGGCAAUAGAUUUGGUUCCGGGCGACAUCGUUAAAUUGGACACGGGAGAUUCGGUUCCAGCUGAUUUGCGCUGCAUCAGAGUAUCAGAACUCAAAGCAAAUGAAGCGAUUCUUACCGGCGAAUCGGAAGACGUUAAGAAAUCGCUAAUUUCGAAGGACAAUGAAACACCCUUUGCAACAAAUUUGUGUUUCGCAUCAACUUCUAUCACAAAUGGCAAUUGUAUGAGUCUCGUGUACGCAACGGGAAUGGACACUCAAGUCGGCAAAAUUGCAGAACAAUUAGCAAAAGAGUCAAAGGGAGGUUCAAAGCUGACUCCUAUGCAGCGCGCACUGAACAAGCUUGGCGGUCUGAUCGCAAUCAUAGCGAUUUCAGUUCUCAUUAUUAUUGUUAUUAUCGCAAUUGUGACGGGAUACAGGGACCCAUCUCAUCCCGACAUGGAUCCUACAUUAGCUAUAAUUCUCGUUGCAGUGGGGUUCUGUGUCUCUUCAAUUCCUGAGGGUUUACCCAUGGUUGUCACAAUUUGUCUAUCUCUCGGAUGUAAAGAUAUGGUUGCACGUCGAGCGAAUGUUCGAAAGUUGCCCGCCGUCGAAACUCUGGGAUCGUGCACCGUGAUCUGUUCCGACAAGACAGGAACGCUGACGGAAGGGAAGAUGACGGCUAUUCAACUUGCUGUCCUAGGAAGGGGAAUCGGCUGCACAGCCGCUGCUGACCAGCCAUGGGAUAGGAAGCAUCUCGGCGAGAUCUUUGGGUUUUUCCCAACGAAGGGAUUCGAUCCGAAUGGGGGAAUUUUUUUGGAAUCUGCACUGACUGAAGACGUGCGGAAGAAAAUCGUAGCAAAGUGGGAGACCCGUGAGAUGCACAAUUUUGACGACAUCUCGACUGAUUUUGGAAAUCCAAAGCACGAUAGUCUGCGCGGACAUAUGGUCCGCGCGACGUGCUUGGCUGGUUUUCUCAACUCGACCACUGUCCACCUUGAAAAGGACAAGGAGACUGAUGCGUGGGUUGCGAGGGGUAACAUGUCGGAAGGGUCUGUCGUUGUUGCUGCUGCGAAAGCAAGAUGGUCCAGUAUUGAAGGAAUUGGUGAUGACCCAAAUUUGAUUUAUCCAGCGAUCAAAGAAUUAGAAGUUCCUUUUAACUCAUCGCGUAAAAUGAUGGCAACAGUCCACCGAUUGCGCCAGGAGAGUUACUUUGAUCGAAUUUUUAUUGGAGGAAUGAGUUCAACUGUGUCCUUUCCAUUCGUUGCAUUGAUAAAGGGAGCACCAGACCGCCUUGCUCAGCAAGUCAAGUACCUGGUGAAAAAUUCCGGUGGGGCACGAAUGGAAGUCGAUUGGGACACGCCGUCCGUUUCCGCGGAUGAACUCUCGUACAUUCUCUCUCUCAACGACCGCAUGUCUGGAGACGCUCUUCGCGUUCUUGCGUUCACGUUGAUCCCUCUCACCACCGAAAACGUCCAUACGCUUCGCGCGAUGCCAGAGGCCGACCAGCGGCUGAGUUUCUUGCUUAAGGGCCCAGUGGUGAUGCUUGGGCUGUUGGGAUCGCUCGACCCUCCCCGUGUUGGUGUGAAAGAGGCGGUUGAUCAGUGCGCUGCUGCCGGAGUGAAGGUUAUCAUGAUUACAGGAGAUCAAAAGUGUACUGCAGCCGCAAUUGGUAGAUCAAUAGGACUUCUCAAAAACGAUGCAGAUCUUGAGGAUUUGGAAGCUUGUGAUCAAGUUGUCGUUUGCUCAGAGCUUCAUGAAGGUGGAGACGCUUUGAGACCUCACAUAAGCGAGGACGAUCUCGAUUCCAUCACAAAACGAAUUCGGGUUUUUUCACGAGCUCAGCCUGAGGAUAAAAUUGCAAUUGUAAACUCGUUGGCUCGUCAAGGGGAAGUGGUUGCAAUGACGGGAGAUGGCGUUAACGAUGCACCAGCACUGAAGGCCGCUCAUAUUGGCAUAGCGAUGGGCAUAACAGGAACCGAUGUAGCCAAAGGUGCAGCAGAGAUGGUCCUUAUGGAUGAUAAUUUUUGCACCAUUGUUUCGGCUAUCGAAGAGGGCCGACAUAUUUAUGCUAAUAUUCAGAAGUUCGUUUGCUUUCUAUUGGGAACGAAUAUUGGUGAAAUUAUUUAUUUAACGAUCGCCAUUGCGGCGGGAAUGAAAAUGCCAGUCGAGGCCCUUCAAAUUUUGUUCCUUAACCUCAUUUGCGACGCCGGUCCUGCCGCAGCUUUAGCGCGUGAGCCUGCAGAUUCAGACACCAUGCAGCAACCACCCCGCAAGAAAAACGAGCAUUUAAUGACGUGGCAUUGGUGGCUGUAUGGGAACAUCCCGCACACUCUCUUUGAAGCCGCAUGCGUUAUUGGGUGCCUCGUCAGUGCCAUGUACUUAAGCACAGGAUAUCAACAACCAGUGCUACACCUAUGGAAACGAUAUUCCGUAUUAUUGCCAAUCCGCUGA